UGUGCCGUUUGUUGACAAGCUGGACUGGCAUCUUAGUGGGCACCUUGCACACUAAAAUGCUUCUAUUUCUCGAGGUCUCGGAGGAGAAUGAUGUGUCUUUUUAAUGGAUGCACAUGCCUUAAGGAUGUGACGGAAUUAAAAAUACUUAGAAGAGGACAAGGAGGAGACAAACCAAUCAGAUGUCAGACUGAAGGACUGAGACGACUAAGGCAUCGAGAAGAAGUAAAACCGCGUGACUCGGUCUUGAGCAGCAUCUCUUUAAGAGAUCAGUAGUCCCACAAUCUCAAAGGCAGCCAAUGAAGAGGACAAGAGAUGCAGGUGAAUUGAGAAGGAAAGGGAAUGAGAAAGAAAGCGGGUGAAAGAGGUGCAGAGGAAAAGGAACCGUUGGGAUCAGGGUGACGUCAGCAGCUCUCUGGAUUGAGGUGUUGAGUCCUCCUGAUUAUAAUCUGAUCUGAUUAGGAAACACAGGGAAAAAAUCUCCAGAGCCUCUGCAAGCUCUCCGGGGAGCAAGACGCCGUUUUUACUGAGCGGAGAGGCCAGGACCAGGGGCAAAACUAGAAGAGGAACUUAGGCCUAAUAAAGAAAGUUAAGGCCUGUAUCUGAAGAGAAUAGGCUACACUAAGGAGUCUAUAGUGAAGUGGACUUCACUUUACUCUUCCCCAAUAAGAAGCAAAUUAAUCAGGACACAUAGGAGAGCUAACUUUGUAUGUCUACAGGCUGAUCAGCUUCUUCUCUGGACUUUCAACACUCUCUGGCUUCCAUCUGGGUUGUAAGCCAGGAUGCCCUCCAAUGGCAGUAAAGCCCUCAAGCUACAAUUCGGGCUUAUUAAUCAUGAGAAUCGCUAUUUAACAGCGGAGGCCUUCGGCUUCAAGAUGAAUGCUUCAGCUCCAAGUCUCAAGAAGAAGCAGAUCUGGACUCUAGAGCAUGAUGAGCAGGAUGGUCAGGUGGUUUACUUGCGCAGUCACCUGGGUCGCUACCUGGCUUCCGACAAAGAUGGCAAGGUGAGCUGUGAGGCUGAGACCAAAGAGAACGAUUGCCGCUUUCUGAUUGUGGCACAGUCAGACGGCCGCUGGGCCCUGCAGUCCGAGCCAUAUCUGCGCUUCUUUGGAGGUUCAGAGGACUACCUGUCCUGCUUUGCUCAGACCAUUGGCGAGGCAGAACUAUGGGCCAUGCACCUGGCCCUGCACCCACAGGCAAAUCUGCUCAGUGUGGCCCGCAAACGCUAUGCCCACCUAGCGUCUCCAGAAGGAGAGAUUGCUGUGGACAGCAACAUCCCCUGGGGUGUAGAUGCUCUCCUAACUCUUGUGUACAUGGACGGCAAAUAUUGUCUAAAGACCAGUGACAGCCGCUUCCUGAGCAACGACGGGAAACUGUCCUCUGAAAAUGGCCGUGGGACAGGCUACACCUUGGAACUGAAAUCAGGCAAAUUGGCCUUCAAGGACUGUGAGGGGAAGUACUUGACCCCCAUGGGGCCCACUGGAACUCUGCGCUCUGGACGCUGCUCCAAACCUGGCAAAGACGAGUUGUUUGAUCUUGAGGAAAGCCAUCCGCAAGUGGUGUUUCAGGCCGCCAACAACAGAUUUGUCUCCAUCCGACAAGGAGUGAGUGUCUCAGCCAAUCAGGACGAUGAGACAGACAUGGAGACGUUUCAAAUGGAAAUUGAUAAAGACACAAGAAAGUGCAAAUUCAGAACUAAUGAAGGGAAUUACUGGACGCUUGUCGCUCAUGGAGGCAUCCAGUCAACAGCUACUGAAGCCGGUGCCAACACCAUGUUUGACAUAGUGUGGCUCGGUCGACGGGUGGCACUGAGAGCCAGCAAUGGAAAAUACGUAUGCACUAAGAAAAACGGCCAGCUUUCUGCAGUCAGUGACUCUGUGGGUGAGGAUGAGCAGUUGAUUCUGAAGCUGAUCAAUAGGCCUAUUCUGAUCCUGAGGGGAGAGAAUGGUUAUGUAUGCCACCACAAGAACUCUAACACACUGGACGCCAAUCGUUCAGUGUAUGACAUAUUUACACUGCAGUUCAAUGAUGGCGCAUACCAGAUUAAAGGUGCUGGUGGAAAAUUCUGGUAUGUGUCCAACAGUGGUUUGGUGUGCUCUGAUGGAGACACACCUGAAGAUUUCUGCUUUGAGUUCUUAGAGCAUGGACGGAUAGCUAUGAGGAACAAAAACGGCAAAUACCUGCGAGGAGAUCAAGGAGGCAAUCUGAAAGGAGACGGAGAGAAUGCAGACAGCUCUUCCCUCUGGGAAUACUGACACCAUGUGGACAUUUAAGGAACUGUCAUUCACCUGUGUUAAACUCUUGGAUUUACAGAUGUGAGAAAAUAAAUUGGUACAGUUUAAUGUUCGGCAAUAUGUUUCCCAUCAACCAGCAUUUAAUGUAGAGUCAGUAUUCAGUAUUACGCAUGUAUUCAUGACCGUUUCUGAUUUAUAGUCCUAUACAAAAUGAGCCUUUAGAAAAAUACAAACAUGACAAAAACCUUUAUCAUUAUCAGCUCACUAUUGCACUGUUAUGAAAACUGUGUGAGGUAAUAAUCAUGCAUAAGUCUUGCAUAGCAUGCUAUUAUUUUGGCAAAUCACUUCUAACACCUGUUCGUUUGCGAAUCGAGUAGACACAUGGAAAUUCAUAAUUGCUGUUUAUCUUUAUCACUAUUUUUUAAACCCUUUAUCUUCUUGUCCUUCAUGCUCUUAUUUGUUACCAUGUCAAUGUCUCUCAGCUCCAGUGAAGCUUAUUUUAUUCUCUGGGCUUACAGACUGCUGUGUUUGUAUUAUAUGGACAUAGAAAUAGGCUUGGCAAAUGAACUCUUCUUGUAGUUUCUUUAAGCUUACAUGGCAACUGACAGGAAAGCCAAGCAACCAUGGAUAGAACAGAAUACACAGUAAUUACUUCAUCUCACCAAAAAGAAAUGUACCAGGAUUAAAUUCAUUUUAUUCCCUA